UAGAAUCGCAAUAUUCCAUUAAAAUUUUAGCGUCUUUCUCGGCUGCUAAUGGCUUCUUUCAACGUUUCUUCUCCUUCAACUGCAGCUCUCUCUCGUCUUCAGGGAUCCAAAAGUUCCAAAUUCCUUAAUGGAUUACCCAGCACAAAUCUAUUCUUUAAUGGAUCAUCCUUUGUUAUUAAAAGUGGCGUCAAAACUAGAGCUGCACUUGUAUCUGGAGAAGGCAACGUUCUGUCUUAUUCCAAUGGCACGGAUGCUUCAACAAAUGGCAGUCUCUUCCGUGAUAAAUCAGUAGGGAUCAAAGCUCAAGAAGAUGCAAUGGCAUUUGGAACUCUUGCAGCAGAUACUGCUCCCAUAAGUAAUGGUUUUCCCAUUGAUAAUGAUGGUUUUGAUUUGGAUCGUCCCACUGAAGGUUUUGCUUCCAUCCCUGAGGCAAUUGAGGACAUUCGCCAGGGCAAGAUGGUAUUGGUUGUAGAUGAUGAGGACCGAGAAAAUGAGGGAGAUCUUAUAAUGGCCGCCGAGUUGGCAACACCCGAGGCUAUGGCCUUUAUUGUGAAGCAUGGAACUGGGAUAGUUUGUGUGAGCAUGCUAGAGGAAGAUCUGGAGAGACUGCAACUUCCUUUGAUGGUGAACCAAAGAGAAAAUGAAGAGAAACUCCGCACUGCAUUCACAAUUACAGUGGAUGCAAAACAUGGUACUACAACUGGUGUAUCAGCUCAAGAUAGAGCAACAACAGUAUUGGCCCUUGCUUCUAGAGAUUCCAAACCUGAGGAUUUCAAUCGCCCGGGUCACAUUUUCCCACUGAAGUACAGGGAAGGAGGUGUCCUGAAAAGAGCUGGGCAUACUGAAGCUUCUGUUGAUCUUGCAGUGCUAGCUGGACUGGACCCUGUUGCCGUUCUCUGCGAGGUUGUAGAUGAUGAUGGGUCCAUGGCUAGAUUACCAAAGCUUCGUCAAUUUGCUGAGAGGGAAAACUUGAAAAUCGUAUCCAUUGCUGAUUUAAUCAGGUAUAGGAGAAAGAGGGAUAAAUUAACUGAUCUUGCUGGUGUGGCACGGAUACCAACUAUGUGGGGGCCAUUCACGGCCUAUUGUUACAAGUCAAUAUUGGAUGGGAUUGAGCAUAUAGCCAUGGUUAAGGGUGAGAUUGGAGAUGGGCAAGAUAUUCUUGUGAGGGUUCACUCGGAAUGCCUCACGGGAGACAUAUUUGGAUCCGCUAGAUGUGACUGUGGGAAUCAGCUUGGCCUUGCAAUGAAAAAGAUUGAGGCUGCUGGAAGGGGUGUUUUGGUAUACCUUCGAGGGCAUGAAGGCAGGGGAAUCGGUUUAGGCCACAAGCUCCGUGCAUAUGAUCUGCAGGACGCUGGUCGUGAUACAGUAGAAGCAAACGAGGAGCUUGGGUUGCCUGUUGAUUCUAGAGAAUAUGGCAUUGGCGCUCAGAUACUUAGGGAUCUCGGCGUGCGAACAAUGAAACUGAUGACCAAUAAUCCAGCCAAGUACAGUGGACUCAAGGGUUACGGAUUAGCCAUCGGCAGCAGGGUUCCACUGGUGACCCCUAUUACAAAGGAGAAUAAGAGAUACUUGGAGACGAAACGAGCCAAAAUGGGUCACGUAUAUGGCUUAGACUUUAACGGCAGUUUGAACAGUCUCAUUAUCAGCGGCAAUGGUAAUACGGUUACUCCAGUGGAUGCUGCAUCUGAAUCUUAGGCUCCGCCGCCUCCGCCUUCCUUUUAGACACAGGUAACUCAACGACAUGAAGCGCCUUAACUACAAAUCGACAUAAUAAUUGGAAGAAACAUAAUCUCUGAAACUAUUAUGCUCUUUCCUAUAGAGAAGGAAGAGCCAUUGCCAUUCAUUAUUUUUUCUAUAACAUGAAAAACUAGGACAAAACAAAGUUCAUUUCAUGAACCUGGAAUUGUUUGACCUUCUAAAUCAUGUCUCUCAUUUGUUAUUGUUCUA